CCCUGGAGGCGAUGGAGUGGUUGGGGUCAUUGUUCUACAACAUGUGGAUAUGGCAAGCAGUGAGACGGAAUCUAAAAGACACAUCUUGUCCACCACCGCCACAUUGGAGGUAUACCAAUAAGAAGUGGUGUUGCCUCACUGAAAAUAACAUAGGUAUAUGGCACCAGCCGUAUCACGAUAACAAGUACAAGUGUGAGAAGAUCCCUGGCCCUGGCAAUUACAUAAUAAAGACGUGUCCAUAUGGCAAAAUCUUCAGGAUAUUUGAUUGGAAUAAAUGCUAUUGUGUUCCCUGUGAAUGGUAUCCAUGGAUAUGGUCGGACUGGGUUUGCGAUCCAUGUCCCAGAUGCUUUCACGGCAGGCAUUUUGUGACAUGUCGGCGAACAGGGACUCGAACACGAUCGUCAAAUUGUCCGCAUCCUCACUCGGAAACCAUAACUGAAACUAAACAAAAACCUUGUCAUGGUUCAUUGUGUUGUCGUUGGAGUGACUGGGGCCCAUGGCAAUAUCGACACUGUUCUACUACAUGUGGGCAUGGACGAAAAUACAAAUGGAGAACACGAACUCUUAUUUCGGGAGGACCCAGUUGUCCAGGCGCUUCCAUUGAAACUGGAUACAUAGACUGUCCCUCACAUCCUCCUUGCUAUUGUGGAAUAUGGGAUUCAUGGGGUCCCUGGACGUGUGGACCCUGUUCAAUACAUCGAGGCAAACGCCAUGAUGACGAUCCCGAUGGUGGUUCUUCUGGUCAUGGGACAUGUGGCACUAAGACGUGUACUAGAACUAGGGUUUGUAAACCAUGUGGUCCACAUGGAAAGAGAGACACUGAUGAUGCUAGCGCCGAAGUUGAAGUUUCUCGUAGAACUGGAGGAGGGGGAGGGGGAUUAGGAUGCUCUGGUUCUUCAAUAGAAUAUAAGACGGAACAAUGUUGCACAGGGCCCCCUGGCGGUGGUUGUGAACAUGUGCAUUGUUCGCCGUGUCCACCUAUAGCAGGGAGUUGCUGUCCCCGUUGCUUAAUUUUUCCUGGCAAAUAGCCAAAAUGAAUAGAUAUCAACAGAACGAUGACAAACUUGGCUACGACAUGGAUAAUUCUCAAUGUAUUUAAUUUCAUUCCCUUACAUGUAGCGCUACAUCUUCUCUUUCUAUGAUUAAAUAAAUAUAUAUUCAGCAGCA